AUGGAGCGGCAGCACCGCCGGGACGCUGUGCAAGGCUUGCUCCAUAUGAUUGACAGCAGUACACAGCCAGCCGCAUUAAGCACGUCGCAGCAGCUCGCACUCAUACGGAAACACCUUCGCGAGCAUGCUUACUACAAGCGAUCCUCGCAUAAGAAUGGACGUGCAGUACUUCGAACGGAGCGUGAUUGCCAGCAGCUACUUACAGAGCUGGCAUCAGAAAGCAACCUCGGCAAAUUGAAGAAAGCCGGCGAGACCUUGGUCGAUGUCAUGUUCCGGGUGGGGAGCAGCAAGCUGGCAGAGACUGUGCUCGAAAGAUACCACUACAAACGUGCCACCUUCGAUCCUGCUUCUCUGCCGGGUCCUCCUCCGAAUACCAACCACUUGCCCCGUCCUCGUCAUCCAACUCGCUAUCCAAAAAGGGAUAAUGCCAUCUCGCGUCGCUUGCGUCAACGUCAUGCACCAUCCGACGACGAUGAUGACGCUCUGGACGAUGGCGAAGAUGAAGACUUUGCGAACUCAACAACCACUUCUGACGAGAUCGAUGUUCUCCUGUCAUUGCCGUCGGCGACUGCGAAGCAGUAUGCACUCUAUAUUGUGCUGCAAGAUAUUGACGCGACCAAGCAGCAAGCUCGUCAUCCGGAAUGGAAAUAUGGCGACAACACCAAACAAAAUGCUGCUCUAGCUCUCUUGAUCAACCAAUUUUCUUUGGGAUACCCUAAGAAUCAUCAAAUUUGCUCGUACACUCCCGACUCUCUCAACAAAUUUCUCAUACAACGAUCCACGCGCCAUCAGAAUCCCAGACUGAAAAGCGGCCUCAAGUCUGAACCAGUGUACAAGCUCGGUAGCGAAGCUUUCAAGCCAGCCUACGUGAAUCAAUUGCGGAAGAGCUACGAAGAUGCCGUUCAGCGCGCUGACAGAUUACCCUACGGUACCCUACCAACAAUCUCUACGAGUGCCGAAGUCUUCGCAGCGCUUGAAGGCGAGGAGGGAGGAUUGGUCCAGCUUCCGGCUAGUGACCAGGACAACGAACAUGAGCCAUCCGGCCACGAGAUCGGCGAGAUCUCCCAGAGCUCAUCUCUGACCGAGACGUCUUCGCACGACACGGAGGUCACAAGUCACGAUGGCCAACCUUCUCGCUUGAUCGUCAAGCUACGGCAUGCGGCCAUUGCAGAGAAAUGGGAACCUGUGACUGUAAAGUCCGUCCGCGCACGGCCGCGCCGUCCAACUCCAACUCCACCCACAACUGCAAUCGCUCACGUUCCUGCCGCCUCAUUUCCAGACCUGGCCAAAUGGGAAACUGCCUUCAGUGACCUGGCAAAGCAGAUUAGAGCGACGGUGGUCAGCCUGUUCGCCGCGGUCGGUCUGCCUGCCAGCCAAGUCAGUCCAUAUGUACCGAGCUCAUCGCCAUGCUUGCAAAGUGUCCUCAUAUCUUGCUUUGGCGGCAACUUCAAAUCUAAUUGCGGCAGUCUCAGAGAUAGCGGCAGCUUCACAGCGCUCACUGUCACUCAAUCUCUGAUCUCAGCACUGGUAUAUCAGUUCUUGUUGCGGGAAAAGCUGGAUUGGCAAAGAGGACUGUGCGUCCAACUCGGUUGGUCGAAGAUUGAAGAUGCACCAAAACUGUUCGCAAUGCUACGAGAUCCGCUGCAGAAUGCCAUUGCUCGUGAAAGGCAUCUACCUCGCCGUUUCGCUGAAGCAAUUCUCAAGUCCGCAGAUGAUGAUCAAACCCGAGGAGUGCUGCCUCGUUUCAUGCAGCAGUUCGCCGGUCGGCUCACCGAUGAUCUCACUCCGUACAUCGAAACACUCCUCGGCAUAGCGGCUUUGCUGAACCAGAAUGAGACGCACAAAGACAAGACUUGGCGUGCGAACUUUGAGAAGAAUGUCGUCGCUAUUGCCACGAGCGCGGCAGAACUCAAGCUCAAGCUCACCAGUUCUGAAAUCCAGCAUUGCUUCUUCUGGCCGACUCCUGGUGAGCAUUUCAAUGGAGAAAACCACAAGGCAGUCAAUGAACCUCGAGACAUCGUGGCAUUCACAGUAAUGCCAGGACUACGUUUGAUCAAAGGAGAAGCUACGAUGGUCCUACCAGCACGUGUAGUUUGCUGUUCCGGUGAAGAACGGGAGAAGAUAUGA